UGAAAUUAUUUAAAAGUGAUAAAAAAUGAAUAAGAAGCAUAAAGCAAGUAAUAGUUUAGGGCGAGAGCUAAUUAAAAGUCGCUUUGGCCAUACUCAAAGGAAAAAAGUGGAUAACGAUUCCAUGUUACAUACUACCGAAAUUGAAGAUGGGUAUGAUUGGGGCCGUCUUAAUUUGAAUUCAAUUACCGAAGAGUCUUCCUUUCAAGAAUUUCUGAGAACCGCCGAAUUGGCAGGAACAGAGUUUCAAGCUGAAAAAUUAAAUAUAACUUUCAUAAAUCCUAAGCAAAGAGUGGGUUUGUUAACACUCACACAGCAAAAACAAAUUGAGGAUAAGCAAAAGGCGUGCAAGAAUUUAUUGAAAAUCCCACGUAGACCUAAAUGGUCAACAGAAACUACUGCUGAAUUAUUACAACAAUUAGAAAGAGACAACUUCCUUGACUGGCGACGUAACUUGUCUUUAUUGCAAGAACAAGAUGAAAAAUUAAUUUUAACUCCAUACGAAAAAAAUUUGGAGUUUUGGCGUCAAUUAUGGCGUGUAAUUGAACGUUCAGAUGUUGUGGUACAAAUAGUCGAUGCCAGAAAUCCCUUAUUAUUCAGGAGUGAAGAUUUAGAGAAAUACGUUAAAGAAGUUAACCCACACAAAAUUAAUAUGAUUUUGGUAAAUAAAUCUGAUUUACUUACCGAAAAUCAAAGACAACACUGGGCCGAAUACUUUCAAGAAGAAGGUAUACGUACGGCUUUUUUCUCAGCUACCUUAGCUGAUAAAGAACUUAAGGAACAGGAAGGACAGCUAAAAAAAGAAAAGCUCAAAAUCAGUAAGAAGGGCAUGGAUAUAAUUGAAGAGCGCGGAGAUUCGCAAGACGGCAAAGGAAACUUAUAUAGUUUAGAAAAAUUAAAAACAUCUGCCGAGGAAAUCAAUCAAACUUUAAAUAAAUUAGAGGAAGAACUACAAAUUAUCGAAAAAAAAAUUGCUUUCCCCAAAGAAUUUAAUAAUAACUCAAACUUAUUGAGUCGUAAGGAAUUGAUAAGUUUUUUUAAAACUAUUUACCAAGGGACAACCUACACAAAAAAUAUUACUACAAUAGGGUUAGUGGGCUAUCCGAAUGUGGGAAAGAGCAGCACAAUUAAUGCUUUAAUGACCGAAAAAAAGGUUUCAGUGUCGGCUACGCCUGGAAAGACCAAGCAUUUCCAGACUUUAUAUUUAGAAAAGGAUCUAUUACUAUGCGACUGUCCUGGCCUAGUAAUGCCCAGUUUUGUAUUAACCAAGGCGGAUAUGAUAUUGAAUGGAAUUUUACCUAUUGAUCAGAUGCGCGAUCAUGUGCCCGCAGUAAACCUGCUUUGCUCGCGUAUACCUCGUCACGUAUUGGAAGAUACGUAUGGCAUUGUUAUAGCCAAACCUAUGGAGGGAGAGGACCCACAGAGAUCGCCGCAUUCUGAGGAGCUUCUACUAGCCUACGGAUAUAAUAGGGGUUUUAUGACUUCCAAUGGCCAACCCGACCAAGCCCGAUCUGCUCGUUACGUUCUGAAAGAUUAUGUUAACGGUCGUCUACUCUAUUGCAUAGCUCCUCCCACGUUAGAACAAAGCAUAUAUCAUACAUUUCCAAAUAAAGUACGUAAGGCAAUCGCAGAAGAGAAUCUCCCGCAUCGACAACAACGGGCUAUGAGGGUUACUAAACUAGUUUCCAGUAAGGAAUUGGAUAAACAAUUUUUUGAUAAGCCAGUGGGCGUUGCGCAUAUUAAAGGGCGCACCAAUUUUCCUCAUGUACGCGUGACAAAGGACGGCGCUGUGGCGACUGGAGAAGUAUCAUCAAAACCUUGGCGCGGUGUUAAAAAGGAAAAACGUGAAAAGCUACGUAAAAAAUUUAAUUACUUGGACCAACAUUAA